AUGCCACGUAAGCUACGUAAGAAUAUACGUAAGAGGAAGGGAGCAUUGAAACAUCCAAUAGUAAAACUGACACCACAACAACAGUUGCAACAACAAAUGAUGAAUGACCCCACUAUGUUGCAACAAAUGUCAAGCAACCCUAUGCUUUUAAACCGAGUUAUUGGUGCACAGAGUGGAGGUUUAAGAGCGGCACUUUUAGCGAAAAUGGCAGGCUAUGGUGGAGCUGCAGACGGAACAGCUUAUAACCCUCAAAGUCAAAUGAAUUUGAGUUCACUCAAAAAUCAAAUAACAGAUGUCAAAAAGUCAAACAUAGACAUACAGAAACAAAUAAGUGAAAACGAAAAGAAACUAGAAUAUGACAGACACACAAAGAAACUCAAUGAGUUAAACGUAGAGAAAAAGAAGAAAGAAGAACAACUGAAAGAACUAAGUACAGAGGAAUAUGCGAAAAAAGUGUCAGAAAAAGCAGCAGAAGUAGCAAAAAUGGAACAAGAUGUUAUAAAUUUGAAAAACCAUACUACUCAAUAUAAAGUACUGAAAGAUGAAGAGAUAAAACAAAAAGCCCUGAAGACAUAUAUGGAUAGCGAUGAGUAUAAAAAAGAAGUUGAAGCAAAUGUAAAGGCAGAAAAACUUUUACA